AUGCUCGUCUCACCCUUCCAGGCCUCCCCCGAGACGAGUGGGACGGAUGUUGAAGCUGAGCUGUACAACAAAGUGGAUCAAGUAGCCACCCUCCUGGACGCCUGGAUUCCCAUCAGGGGCCAGCUGGGAGCUCUGGUCCCUGCGAGGGGCCUUGGCUCCCCGGCACUCCCACUCAUCCCCCCACCUCCGGUGGAUGAGGAGGUCCGCGCCCUGGAGGCAGAGGUGACGGUCGCUGCACAGCAGGUGGCGACCCUGCGCACCUCGAUGCAGACUGCGCUGCAGGAGGAGCUGGCGCUGCGCCUGGCCUCCACCCGUCCUUCGUCUGAGGCAAGCCCCGCGGAGGCGGACGCUGACGCGGGCUCGGCGUCGCGCGAGCCUGUUUUCCCGGCCCUAGAGCCUGGCCUCCAGGCGCUGCAGGACCAGCUGGAGGCCGCGGCGGCCCAGAUCCCCUCCCUGCGCGCACGCCUGGAGGAGAGCAUUUCGCGCAUGUCGCGCAUCGCCACCGCCAUGCAGGCAGAGGAAGCCCGGGCGCGGGAGGUGGCGCCUGGCACAGUCGAGAAGGUGUUGGCCGGGAGGACGCCCGGCCCGGGAUCCGACGGCGUGGCCCCCUCCAGCCCCCCCGGCUCCGAUGAGGAGGCGGGGGAGGGGGCGGACCUGCGCCGCGCCCUGGCCGCCAGCCUGGACCGGCCCCUGGAUUGA